GGGGGGGGGGAAGCUGGGUUAAAUAUUAAAAACCAACGUGUCAGAGGUUACAGAACCGAAGACAAAACAGAAUUAAAAAAUAAAUAAAUAAAAUAAAUAAAGAUCUGAGUUUAAAACGGGGGGUUGCAUAAGGUAUAGAACAAAAUGGGAGAACGUCGCUGACUGGAUAAGUCGAGGUGUAAGAAUGAACAUUUGAAUGACCCAGCCCCCUGCUGUUCCUCCGCGCUCCGCACUGAAGCACUCGGAUAAUGGAAACAGGCUCCUGGAGAUGUCUCUGGGUCGGCUCCUGCGACGUGCCUCCUCAAAGGCCUCUGACCUCCUGACCUUUAGCCCUGCCUUUGGCGGCUCCCGCUCUAUCCUGGAUGGGGAGAUCAUCUACUCCAAGAACAACGUGUGUGUGCAUCCCUCAGAGCUGCUGCAGGGGCCCGCUGAGCACCACCCAGGGUAUCUGUGCAUCCACAUGGAGAAGGACGAGUUCCUGGGCGCCACGCUGGUCCUCACCUGGGUCCCCAACUCUCGAAUCCAGCGGCAGGACGAGGAGGCGCUGCGCUACAUCACUCCGGAGAGCUCCCCAGUGCGCAAGGCUCCGCGCCGCAGGGGCAGACACAUGCAGGGACACGGCAGAGCCCAGGCCGAGAGGAGGGAGCCAGCAAGGGUAGGUGAGGCGGAGCAGAUCCUGAGCGUGUCUCCCAGAGUGACUGAGCUAGCAGAUACCCCUUCCCUGGAAACCAGCUCCACACACACCACACACAGCGACUCAGGAAUCCUGUCGACAAUCAGUGGCGCCUCCGGAGAGGAGGAGGAGGAGCUGCCUGGGGACGGAGCCCCGGAGGCCAGGGAGGACGAGGGCUCGUAUGACCUCUCUGCUGACGACGUGAGCAGGGACAGCACCAUGGGCUCCGACUCAGACACCUUGUCCUCCCCCUUCUGCCUGUCCCCCAUCAGCGAGGCCUUGGGGGAGAGCAGCAGCGUCUUCCUGGACAACGAGAGCAGAGAGACAUGUGACGACCCCAUGACUCGCUCUGCAAGCUCCGCCUCCAGUCUAGACAACAAUGCCUCCUUCCUGGAGAACAGCAGCCAAUCACAGAACAGCAAGUGGGAGGAGCAACAGAAGGUGCUGGCACUGGAGCAGCUGUGUGGCGUCUUCCGCGUAGACCUGGGCCAAAUGAGGUCACUGAGGCUGUUCUUCAGUGAUGAGGCCUGUACAAGUGGGCAGCUGGUCGUUGCCAGCAGAGAGAGCCAGUACAAAAUCUUUCACUUUCACCACGGGGGUCUUGAUAAACUCGCUGAAGUGUUCCAGCAAUGGAAGUGCUGCAGAGAAACCCAGCUGAAAGAUCAGGUGGCAAAUGAGAAGUCAUGCAUGCAGUUUUCUAUCCAGCGCCCCAACCUGCCUUCCACAGAAACACACCCAGAGGAGAACAUGUACAGGCGGCUGGACGUCUCCACCUGGCUCAAGCACCUGAACGAGACCGGGCAGGUGGAGGAGGAGUACAAACUGCGCAAGGCCAUUUUCUUUGGCGGCAUCGAGCCCUCGAUCCGCGGGGAGGUGUGGCCGUUCCUGCUUCGUUACUACAGCUGUGAAUCCACCUCGGAGGAGCGGGAAUCGCUGAGAGUGCAGAAACGACUGGAGUACGAGGAGAUCCAGCAGAGGAGGUUAUCUAUGACUCCAGAGGAACACAAAGAGUUUUGGAGGAAGGUCCAGUUUACGGUCGAUAAAGACGUGGUGAGGACAGACCGCAGCAAUGAGUUCUUCAGAGGAGAGAACAACCCCAAUGUAGAGAUUAUGAGGCGUAUCCUGCUGAACUAUGCAGUGUUCAACCCAGAGAUGGGCUACUCCCAGGGGAUGUCGGACCUGGUGGCUCCCAUCUUGACUGAGGUUCAGGAUGAAUCUGACACGUACUGGUGCUUUGUGGGAUUGAUGCAGAACACCAUCUUUAUCAGCUCUCCCAGGGACGAGGACAUGGAGAAGCAGCUUAUGUACCUGCGCGAGUUGCUGCGAUUGAUGCAUCCUCGUCUGUACCAGCACCUGGUGAUGCUGGGCGAGGAUGGGCUGCAGGUGCUAUUCUGCCAUCGCUGGAUCCUCCUCUGUUUCAAGAGGGAGUUCCCCGACACAGAGGCCUUGCGCAUGUGGGAGGCCUGCUGGGCGCACUACCAGACAGACUAUUUCCACCUGUUUAUCUGCGUGGCAAUUAUAGUGAUCUAUGGAGAUGAUGUCAUCGAGCAGCAGUUGGCAACUGACCAGAUGCUCCUCCAUUUCAGCAACCUGGCCAUGCAUAUGAACGGGGAGCUAGUGUUGCGCAAGGCCAGGAGCUUGCUUUACCAAUUCCGCCUCCUUCCCAGAGUCCCCUGCAGCCUUCAUGACCUGUGUAAGCUGUGCGGGCCGGGCAUGUGGGACAGCCUCUACAUCCCGGCAGUGGAGUGCUCAGGAAACCACCCCGGAUCAGAAAGCUGCCCGUACGGGGGCAUCGUGGAGGUCCCCUCCCCCAAACAGGCCAGCGAGGGCAAGAAAGGCUCCAAAACACGAGACAUCUUCAACUUCCGGCCCCUAUAUUGGAUUUUGGUUGCCAAUAUAAUAAACAUCGGACAUUAAGGGUUUACAAGAAGGGAUCUGGUAAAUAAAAACCGACAGGGUUAUUCACACCCAGUAUUUUGUAUUUGUUUUGUGUUUUCAAAGCACAGUAUUUGGAUAAAUGCACACAAAAGCAGACUUACAAUGACCCACAACAGUAUUUUACUGAUAUUUUGUUGUGUUGCAUCUGGGCUUAGUUUUCUAAGAGGGAAAAAAAUAAUAAUUUUGCAUAAGCUGGAACAUGAAGACAAUAUACAAAUGUAGAUUUAGUUCAGUACAAGGUAGUUAAGAUUUGGGUUAAAGUUUUUAAAACACUAAUAUUGUCACCUCCAUUUAUGACCAUAUUUCAGUAAAUGAUAUAUACUUAUAUAAAUAAUUGCAUAACUAGAUUGUUCUAUAUUUAUUGCACAUCAUAUGGCCCUUGCAUGUACUUCGAUAUAAAAAGGAGGACUGGGUUUUUGGGCCUCUCAAAAAUAUCUUAGAGCCGAUGUAAGGAACGGUUUGAAAGUUACAAUAUGUAACCAAAAAUAAUGAACAAAUUUGAAAAAUGUGAUCCAGUAAUUACUCCAGAGAGUAUUCCCAGGAUUUAAACAUUUGACAUGGAGGUGAUUUAGUGAAGUGUGCUGUACAGCUGGGUCAGCGUUUUGCAUCGGAGGUCCACACGAGGAUCUGGUUUUCACAAACUAUUCAAAUACAAUGGCUGUGGACUGCAUGAAAUUCCAUACUGCUUUAGAUUGAAAUGCCACUGCCCUGAAACGUGCAAACCACUUUCUGCUGUAUUUUUCAUUUCAUUUAUUUGUUAAUAAAGUGGGUUGGUUGUUAACUCCCCUGGGAAAACACCUCUGGGAUUAACAGUUCUACAGCACUGUGGUUUCCAGCAUCAGUUCCACUCAGAUAGUAUUUCCAACCAGAUCCUUGGACUUAUUUAGGAAUUCAUUGGACUUCAUUGGAACAAAGUAGUGGACUGGACUGGAAGUACAGGCCCUAGUUCCAACCAUACCCUAGAUUUUGAAUUGAGCUUCCUAGAACCUUGUUUCAACAGGUCUUUAAUUUGUUAAUUCAGUAUCUAAAGUCCUGAAACCGUGUAAAUUUGUUCGCAAUGUUCUAAAAGUUAUUUUUUUUGCACAUUAUUUAGGCAGAAGAAGGUAAAAAAAAAAAAAAAAGCCACAACAAAUUAGUCCCCUGAAUAACAUCUCUCUACAGGAAAUACAGUGAUGUGUGUUCUAAUUCUGAGUUUCCUGUUAUCAUGAGGAACGGCGUACACCUCAUAGGUAGAGCAAUUGCUGGGUAAAUGUGUCUUUAAAAAAAACUGCAGUACAUAGUAUAGUACUGUUUUAUGUGAUGUAGGAAAAUAAUCUAGCACAGGGGGUGGGGAUGUACCAGCAUUUGCCAAAAAUCAGACCGGCUGUGAAUUGUAAUUGCAGGGAAACUUCAGUUCUAAAACACUGACUUUCAUGUUCACUAAUUGGUUCAUUCACGGUUAUGUUGACAGUGAAUUGUACAAGUACAAUAUUUUGCUUUAAAGAGCCCUUCACUAAUGCGUUAUUUUCAAUAUUUCAUGUUUAUGUGGAAGAUACCGCUAUACCUGCAAACGUUUUGAUUGAGAUGAUUGAAUGAAUAUGAAUAUUUGGCGGCACCUCAGUUGUUGACGUCAGCAGACACUUUCCAUAAGGAGCUCUCAAUACCAGCAAAGACCAAAAGUUGAAAAUACAGCUAUGCUAUUUGAACCUGUGCUUGCAUUUUUAAUAGUCCUUGGAAUUAAAGAAAGAAGCUUGUGUUGAGUCUGGAUAAACAGGUUUUUCUCAUUCUUUUAAAGGCACGUCUCCUUUCUUUUUUUUUUAUAUUUUCUAUAAGAGGCUUCACAGCCCUUUACAGGCUUGUAAAGGCUUAGAUUUAUUGUUUAUUGAAACCAAAUCCACCCUAAGGUGUGGUUUAAGACUUUACCCUUUCAGAAUCGAAAUGUGUUUUUGUUUUAGUUUGUCUCUAAUUGACUUUUUGCAUGUGGUAAACUCAUCCAACUUGGCUAGCCGAGUGGCCAGGGAUUGUGGAUGACGUGCAGAGCAGCUGCAGAGCCCAGCUCUGGGCUGGAGGGACUUUUCUGCCUGAGGGAGUUAAAGCCAGGCUGAUGUAAAAGGCCGUUUCCUGGGGAAUGGGGAGUGGAGACUGCAAUGGAAGAGCACCUUUCACAGGAGACACCAGGGAGGUUAUUAGGAUAAAUUGCAAUUAACUCUUGUGCUUUCUAUUUACAAGGAAAUAAACUGAUGCUUCCUUGACUCUUUAAAAGGCCAUAUUAAAUUUGUGUCACAUUUUAAAAUAAGUGGCCACUGUAUGAGUUCCAGUGGAAUAGCCGGACAUUAUGGAAAUUCUUUUGUGUCUACAUAACUAGAUUAACUGCUAAACGAUAAAUGCAAAACCAUUUGAAAUGAUACAGCCAUUUCUUAAGUGAAAGCAGUUCUUUCCUAAUGUAUGCCUCGCUGGUUUUGGCAGAAGCUUUUUCUGUAGGAAGAAUCCUUUUAAUGAGCCUGAAAACUGACAAGCAUUUCCAUCUGAAAAGAAAUGUUAGGAUUACAGGGUGGGGAGAGUUUAACGCGCCAUGCAAAAACCGAGAUGAUCUGAUCUGUGACUGCAGAAUGUGAGAUAGGAGAGGUACGGAUGGAUUUAGUGGCUUCGCAGUCCUGUCCUACACCUUUAUAAUGCUAUUCAAAUCUUUCUCUUCAGAUUAACCUUUAGACCUUAACCUAGACCACAUUCCUUUGCCUUUCACCUUAGAAAGCAAACACACAAUAUAGUGGUACAGCAUGAAGUGAGAAGACGCGGACCCUAGAGCACUGUGGGAAGCAUGAUACCAAGAUUGUAUUGUAUUUGACAUGGUUCACUAAGCAAUUGAGGGCUGUCUGUCAAGCCCUCAUCUUUCAAGGGUACGACAUAGUUGUUGUAAAUAAAAAUGCCAUUGCAUUUAAAAGAAAAGUGUCCUCUUGCAUUGUGAUAGCUUUAGAGGUCAGUAAGCAUCAUUCUCUGCUAUAGGGGUACUAAAAGAGUGGUCGAGGGUCUGUCCAAAGAAACACACAGACCUGUUUUAUCAGGAAAACAACUUGUAAUUUCGCACAUUUGACAAAAGAUAAACUGCUUCUUUCACAAGUUAAAAGAUACCACUUUACAUUCAUUUUAAUUAAUAUGUUUGUUGUAAUUUAACCUACCUGUUUUAUCUUGCUUUAAUAGUAAUGUAUUAUAGUGGAGAAUGACACACAAAGCAGUUCUUAUACAUAAAGAGUAUUUCACAAGUAGCCUGGUCAGAUAGGAGAGGAGGAUGGUAUAGGAGAUUGUGGUUUAACCUUUGAAAUUGGCGACCGGACAUUUCAAACCACAAGUGUAUUCAUGUUGAUGAGGACAUGAUGCUGUUAUGUUGUUACAAGGGUAUGUUGUCUUGUCUUUAUUUUCACCGCCAAGUCAACAGAAUGAAAAAACGAGCAAACUAAAACUUAUUCUCUCAAAGAGACAAACUGUUAUGGUGUUGCAUCCUAAUACUCAACUGGAGUGACAGACUGCAACCGUAGCUCAGCUGAACUAAACUGUACCUAAAAGUCUUGAAGAUUUAAGAUGGAAAUUUGUUGAUUUUUAUAAAUUUUGUUGGUGAGCUAGUUUAGACACCACAGCGAAAAAAAAGACAUUAAAUCAGAACCUCUAAAGAAAUCACUUGACUGAAACAUGGAAGGAUGAGGCACCAAGACAAUGAGCCUCUCAUUCUAAAACUGGAUUGCUUAACAAGAGACAAGAGUAAUGUUGAGCAUUUAUGUAAGGGUUUCCUUCUUGCACUUUUCUUAGGUAUUGAUCUCCUGAUAACAUACAACACAAUCCAAUUGCGCAAAUGUGAUAAAACCGAAUCCAUCCAAAAUGUCAGUCAGAUCAUUUAAAAGUAGGAUACCAUGUAAAGAACCCAGACACACUGAGAAGUAUUGCUUCAUCAUGUAUACACCAGUACUGUGUGCCUGAGAUCUGACAGGCAUUACCACACAUGUACUGCGCUCUCCCUUCACUAUUAUUCAUUUGAUGUUAACAGAAGGAAGGCAUGAGUCACAGUAAACACUGAAUGAAUUGCUUUUUUUUUUUCUCCCAAAGAGGGAAAGACAUGUUUACCUCAUUCCCAGCUGCUGUGGAGAGACAGCCCCUGAAUGCAUAUUGGCUUUCAGAAUACUCCAGAGGUAGCUGUUCUAGCCCAAUAACACUGUACACAUAUAUACCUGCCAUAGCACUGCCAAUAGUGUACAAGACCACCAUGGGCAGUCAAAAUCGCAUUCAGUAGGGCAAGGCUACAUGGUGUUCUGGAUGUCGACAUAAACAUUCCUUAAUUACUGUGUCUAAUUCUUUUCAUUAUGUUUUGGGAAUGGAAAUGUGUAACAAAGUAUCCAGAAGGGACCACAGAGUCAUCACUUUGUAGACUGUUCUUUGUGAAAGAUUAGUUAUUUGUGGAUGUGGAAACACCUGCCAAUUGAGCACCUACUGUCAGUACUACCUUGCAACAGGGAGGUGCAUCUUUUAUAAGUUACAGAAUGAAUUCAGUUGUGUUAAUGUGCCCAUUUACUCUACAUAGCACAGGUGUUUCUAAUUGUUUACAACAGCAGCUCAGUGGUAAUGUCCGGGUCUGUUGUGGAAAGCUUGUUUGAGUUCCCCUCACACACUCCUCCAGCCCUGCCCAAAAAUAAUCUUGGCAAGCUUUUGUUUUCUAGUCUCAGUAUUAAGUGGCAGGUAAAUAACAUUUGCGUAGCUGGAGCAAGACAGGGAAUUUGAGCAAAAAAUGAUCCGUAGGGCUGUAAUGUGAUGUUGCUGAUCAGUUUCACAGACAUUUUCAGUUCGCCGUGAAAAUUGAUUCAGCAGCUACUAACUGAUACUGCAGCCCGUGCCGCUGCAACAUCUGUCACCUGGGUUUGUGAGAAUGUUUCUGAGAGUAAACUCAUUUCAAUGUGUGGUUUCUGCAUGUGUUAUUACCUUUCAAGGAAUGUUGUGCCUAGAAUCAUUUUACUUGCAUUAAAGUGACUUGAGUUAUUGCAGAGA